CUGCUGUAGUGUCUCUGUUACAGUGGAGUUCCUCCUCUCCAGUGGAGUGUCAUGCCACAGGUUUCUACCCAUCAGCAGUGACUAUCACCUGGUUAAAAAAUGGAGAAGAUCAUGAUGAGGACAUGGAUCUUGGAGAGCUACUGCCAAAUGAGGAUGGGACCUUCCAGAAGACAUCUAUCCUCAAUGUUCCUCAAGACGACUGGAAGAAGCACCAGUAUGUUUGUGUGGUGGAGCACGAGACAGGGACCAUCCGGAAGAUUCUGAGAGAGGACGAGAUCAAGAGUAACAACAGACUUACAAAAGCAUUCUUCAAAAAAAUAUUUCUGUCUGUGGCGGGAGUUUCCUUAUUCCUGUAUAUUUGUCUUUCGAUCCACUGUAUACAAGCGUGAAGUAUGAGCUGGCAGUCGGUCCGAACGAAAAGCAGA